UAAGUCAAUGUGUGCGCGAUCCUGAGGGACUUCAUCGGGGGGAAUGGAUGAUUGCGGUGAUAAUUGCGUUGCUGUGAUUGAGGCUGUUGCGAUGUUUGUCUGAUAAGCUAAGCGCCAUCGGAGACCCCCGGAGUUGGAACAGUGGCACGAUAUGGAGGCGGAGCCGCUUACAUGAACCACGUUAGAUGGAAAAGUCGGAAACUCGCACUUGGUAGCGGGUAGCCAAAGCCUCGGACCCCAGGCACUCUUUGAGACAAAAGCUAGGGGGCUAAGCAGCGGGGACUCCGCGAAACAAAGCCGCAGCAACUCUGCAGGAGUACACGGCUCGUAAAGUUGGAUGUGCCACGGUGGGAGCCGACGGAGCAGAGGAGUCGGCCUUUUAAGGACAAGUGCUGGCGACUUGACUUGAGAUUUUUGGCGUUUGGACAAGCCGCUUUGUAAACUGCCAGCACCUUCUCUUGUGCAAUGGGAGCUCGUGCGAACACCUCCGGGGACUGGUCCGGCGGGCAGCGACACGAUCCUUGGGACUAGGAGCGCUUUUUGCAAGUUCACGACAACUGUCCCCUGAAGUGUGAGGCGAGGCGAGUCGAGGGUUCCGGACCAGCGCGAUUCUGGAUACAAAAUGGCGGCUUCGACGGGACCAGCCGGACCGCCUCUUCGCUGGGUUCCGCGUCUCGUCUUGCUCGUGGAGCUCCUGUUCCAAUCUGGACUCACCUGCGCGCCCAACUGCACUUGCAACGGACUAGCGGUGGAUUGCAGCGGCAGAGGGUUGACGGACGUCCCGCGGAGUCUGCCCUCCUUCACUGUCUCCCUGAAUCUGAGCCACAAUAAGCUGACGGAGCUCAAUCAGGCUGCACUGGGUGAUCUGCUGAACCUGAGAGAGUUGUAUCUUGGCCACAACGAGCUGACUGCCAUCCCUUCACUAGGAGACCUUUCCUCCAGCAUUGUUUCUCUUCAUUUGCACCACAAUAAGAUCCGCAGCAUAGAAGCAGGUCAGCUUCAGCCUUAUGUCUCUUUGGUGACACUGGAUUUAACCUCCAAUGAAAUCACCGAAGUCCGAAGUGGCAGCAUUCCUCAUGGGCUGAAAAUCAAAGACUUGUACCUGGGAAGUAACAGAAUUGGGUCUCUGGAGCCUGGGGCCUUUGACAACUUGUCGCGCACUUUACAGGUACUCCGGCUCAGCAGAAACAGGAUUGCCCAGCUGCCCACCAAGGCUUUUAAGUUGCCACGACUGAUGCAGUUAGACUUGAAUAGAAACCGAAUUCGGGUGAUUGAAGGUCUCACGUUCCAAGGCCUGGAUAACCUGGAAACGCUGAAACUCCAGAGAAACAACAUCAGCAAGCUUACAGAUGGAGCGUUUUGGGGCCCGGCUAGGAUGCAAACACUGUUUCUUGACAACAACGGCCUGACCGAAGUCAAUGGUGGCUCUUUAUAUGGACUUUCGGCCCUCCUCUCUCUCCACCUCAGCAAUAACUCGAUUUCUCGCAUUAAUCCUGACAGCUGGAGGUUUUGCCAAAAACUUCACGAGUUAACUCUGUCAUACAACAGCUUGACCCGGCUUGAAGACGACAGUCUGAUGGGCCUCGGUGUUCUGCACAUUCUGCGCUUGAGUCACAAUUCUAUCAGCCACAUCACUGAAGGGGCCUUCCGGGGGCUCCGAGCCUUGCGCACACUGGAGCUGGACCAUAAUGAAAUUUCUGGAACAAUAGAAGACACCAAUGGAGCGUUUACAGGCUUGGAGAGCUUGAGCAAGCUAACUCUGUUUGGAAACAAGAUCAAGUCUGUGGCCAAGAGAGCGUUCUCAGGCCUGGAGGCCCUCGAACACCUAAACUUGGCAGACAACGCCAUCCGCUCCAUCCAGGCAGAGGCCUUUGCUAAAAUGAAGAACCUGAAAGAGCUAUACAUAAAGAGUGAAAGCUUCCUAUGUGACUGCCAGCUGAGAUGGUUCCCCGAGUGGCUUCUUGAUAAAGGCCUUCAGUCGAGCACAGAUGGCCUGUGUGCCCACCCAGAGGUUUUGAAAAGCAGCAGCAUCUUCAGCGUUCCAGCAGACAGCUUUGUGUGUGAUGACUUUCCGAAGCCACAAAUUAUCGUGCAGCCUGAAACUACCAUGGCGGUACUUGGAAAAGACGUCCGCUUCACGUGCACGGCCGCGAGCAGCAGCAGCUCCCCAAUGAUCUUUGCCUGGCGCAAGGAUCAGGAGUUCUUGCGUGAUGCCAACAUGGAGAACUUUGCCCAUGUCCGUGCCAAAGAUGGGGAGAUGAUGGAGUACACCACCAUCCUGCAUUUGCAACACGUCAGCUUUGCCGAGGAGGGCCGUUACCAGUGCAUCAUCACCAAUCACUUCGGCUCGACCUACUCCAGUAAAGCUCGGCUCACAGUGAACGUGCUGCCAUCCUUUGUGAAGACCCCUCGCGAUAUCACCAUCCGCACUGGCACAACUGCCAGACUGGAGUGUGCGGCCGAAGGGCACCCUACACCCCAGAUUGCUUGGCAGAAGGAUGGAGGCACAGAUUUCCCUGCAGCCCGGGAGAGGCGCAUGCAUGUCAUGCCCGAUGAUGAUGUCUUCUUCAUAAUGGAUGUGAAGAUAGAAGACAUGGGGGUCUACAGCUGUACUGCCCAGAACACUGCUGGCAACAUCUCCGCCAGUGCUACUCUGACAGUGCUAGAAACACCUUACUUGGCCCAGGAGCUGGAAGAUCACAACGUGGCCGUGGGUGAUACGGUGGCUCUGCAGUGCAAAGCUCUCGGCAGCCCCACUCCGCGCAUCACGUGGCUUAAGGAAGACGAGCCACUGAGAGUAACGGAGCGACACCACUUCACUCCUGGAAAUCAGCUGCUGGUCAUCCGCAAUGCUGGCCCAGAGGAUGCAGGAAAAUACACUUGUGUGAUGUCCAAUACCCUCGGGACGGAGCGGGCACACAGCCACCUGAGCAUCCAGCAGUCAAGUGUCUGCAUGGUGGAGCCCCACAAGAGAGAGAACACAAUGACGGUUGGCAUCAUUGUCAUCGCGGUGGUCUGUAGCAUCGUGCUGACCUCACUUGUGUGGGUGUGCAUCAUCUAUCAGACGAGGAAGAAGAGCGAGGAGUACAGCGUUACCAACACAGAUGAGACCAUAGUUCCUCCAGAUGUCCCAAGUUACCUCUCCUCUCAAGGAACUCUAUCUGAUCGUCAAGAUAUGUGCCUCAGGCUGGAAACCAACAUUGGGCCUUCUCCAAAUGGACACAUUGAGAGCAACGGAGUUUGUCGAAGUGAUGCGGUGGCCUGUGUGGACCCGGGAGCACAUGGGACGUGCAGACAAGUGAAGCCCUGUGCCGUUAGAGAGGAGGACCGAGAUAAAGGUGGAUAUCGACCUGCGGCGGAGUAUUUUGAUGCCACUAGCUCCAGCGCGCCCCCUCAGAACUGCCAGUGUGGUGAAAUGUAUCAGCAGGAGCUCCGCGCCAGCAACUCCAACAUCAACUCGUGCAGUCGUGGCCAUGAGCCGAGCCGGGGGGCCCCGGACACUUGCUUGAGAAGAGACUUGCACACGUCAAGGUACCCCAGUAACCACGACAGGAUGAGCGACACGGACCACCAAGGUUCACCAUCGUGGACGCGAGGGAGUGCAGAGCCGCCAGACGCUGUGCGCUUCUCGGCGUUGGGAUCGGGCCUGGGGCCGGACACAGAUGGUAGUUUUCCUUCUUGCUCACUGGACAGUAGAGGCAUCGGCGAGGCUGGACAGACUUUUAAGAUGAAUGGACAUCUAAGUGAUGAAUGUUCUUCAUUGAGGAAAGCCAGUGAUUAAGAGGACGAGCCUGUCUGUCUGCCUGUCUGGUCUUUGCACUGAAAGCCCGUUUUAGGAUCUUUGGAUUGUACGGACUACCUCAACUUGGACACCAACAGCUCUCCAAGGAAAGGGCUUGUGAAGUUUGAGGACACAGCUUGUUUGGCGAGAGCCCAUGUCGAGCGUUCCACGUUGUACAUACGUUUUAAUCUUCCCUGGGGAAGUCUUAUUCAUAGUACAGCAGUCGAGUUGCGUUUGAGCAUGAAGAGAGUUUAUUGUUAGGAUGUACAGAAGAGUUUUCAUAAAAGCGGAUAUUUUAAGGUUUCUUCAUUACAGAAAUAACAGAAUGAGAAUGUAGAGUUUUUAAAACUUUUUGCCUUUGCGGUGGUUCGUUCUUUUUCUUAUUGAAGAAGAGGAGGAAAAAAAAAAAAAGCAAAACCCUCAUCU